AUGGCUGAAGUCCCAGAGUAUUACGAUUCCGGCCCAGUAGAAGGAGAUCUGGAGUAUGAGGUAGUCGACCUACCAACGUCUCUUAAAGUGGCUCAAGAUGCCGAAGCUGACACCAUGGCAGAGGUAGGCCCGGAGCUACCUGUAGAGAUUGACCAGGAACCCCAGCCAGAGACGAAGGAAAAAGACCUCGAAGAAGUGGGGGCGCGAGAGAAUGUACACCUACACGUAAAACCAACCAGCACGUCCAAGGAGGAGAUUCCCGAGGAGUCUGAGAGAGACCUUCCUAGCGAGACUGAUCCAGGGAUGCCGCAGGAGGCAAAGUCAGAGACAUUGAGAGAGAUGGGAGGAGAGCUUUUCAAGGAUUUGGAGGUCCUUAUGGAUGAUAAGGAGGAGCCAGAUUUAGAGCCACCGGAGGAGGCCAAAUUAGAUGUUACGGAGGAUGUACUUAUAGAGUCAGAUAAGGAAACAGAUCCAGAGCCACCAGAGGAGACAGAGUCUGAAGAUUCAGGGGCGUCAAUCAGUGAGACAAGAUUAGAGUUGCUAGAACAGACCAUACUGGAGGUUCUGGAGGAUUCAUUGAAAGAGCAAUAUGAAGAAACAGGUCCAGAACCUCCGGACCAGACCAAACCUGAAUUUCCAAGUGAGAAACUAAGAAAAUCAAUUGAAGAGGCAGAUCUACAGCCGCCAAAGAUGACCACUAAACCAGAGGUUCCACAGGAGAUACAAAGAAAAGCAACUGAGGAGAAAGAGACAGAGCCACCUGAACAGACUAAACCAGAGUUUCCAAAGGAGAAACAAAGUAAGUCUACUGAGGAGGCAGGUGUAGAACCACCAGAAGAGACUAAACCAGAGAAUCCAGAGGAGGACCAAAGAAAAUCAACUGAGAAGAAAGAGACAGAGCCACCUCAGCGGACCAAAUCAGAGUUUCCAGACCAGAAACCAACUAAGUCUAGUGAAGAGAGAGGAAGAAAGUCAACUGAGGAGAAAGUUCCAGAGCCACUUGAAGAAACCAAAUCAGAAUUUCCUGAGGAAAAAUCAAGAAAAUCAAUUGAGGAAACAGGUCUAGAGCCAUCAGAAAAGACCAAACCAGAAGUUGAAGAGGAGACCCAGAAAGAGUCAACUAAAGAACCAAGAAAAUCAACUGAGGAAACAGAUCAAAUGCCACCACAGAAGACCAAACCAGAGGUCCAAGAGAAGACACAAACAGAGGAAACUAAAGAGAAAGAUCUAGAAUUACCAGAUAAAGCCCAACUACCACUAAGAAUAGUGUCAUAUACAGAAUUUUUCAAGGAAGAUAGGGCAAAACCAGUCAAAUUUAAGUAUUCCCUAGACAAGGAUGAGCUAGAACAUUCUGACUAUCAAACGAGAAAGUGGUCAUUAAAAGAAACCAAGAAAGCUAAAAAAGAGUCUAUGUUCGGGUCUCUCACAAUAAGUGAAGUAGACUCAGUGAGUGUAAGUUAUGAGUUUUCUAAGGAUUUUAAAGGACUGUUUGAGGUUACCGAUAUCAGUGAUGAUUUAUACCCUUACCUCUCAGACUCUCAGAGGGAUUUGAGAGAGUCUUUUAGUGAAAAAGUUGUAGCUUUGUCCCCGGAGUUGAAACAGGUACAUGAAGAUGAAGAAACCCAGCCAAAAGGAAGUGCUGAGCUACAAUUUGAGUAUCUUAAAUGGAGCCCAGAGAAAGUUGCAGAGUGGAUUAGUGAGCUAGGCUUCCCUCAAUACAAGGAAUGUUUUACCACAAACUUCAUCUGUGGUCGAAAGCUCAUUCAUGUAAACUGUUCAAACCUCCCUCAGAUGGGGAUAACUGAUUUUGAGGACAUGAAGGCAAUUUCUCGGCAUACACGGGUGCUCCUGGGAAUUGAAGAGCCAUUGUUCAGUCGCACCAUCGCCCUGCCCUACAGGGACAAUAUUGGCUUAUUUUUAGAGCGAAAAGGUCAUAGUGGGGUAAAAUCUGAUUCCUUGACCUUCUCUGAAUUUGUGCAAGCAGCAGGAUUACAGGAUUAUGCUCCAAAAACAACCGCCCCUGAAGAGAAUGAAGCAUUGCAUUAA